AACGGCAACAACAAAAGCAACAACAUCAACAAUUAUUAUUAUCAGACAAAGAUGGCGUCCUCGCCGACACCAUCAUUAGAUUCAAUGCGCGGCGGUGCCAAUUCCAUAGAAUCCUACGAACAUGCCGGCUAUCUGUCAGACUCACCGCUCACUCUAAGCGGUUCCUCACCACCGGCCAGCGAUUCGGCCAUUUGCAGUGAUGAAUAUACAGCAGGAAGUGUUGUUGGUGUUGUUGGCAGUGUUGUUGGCAGCUCAAAGACUCGUUCAUCGGAUGUAACAGUUAUCAAUGGACAUCAUCCCAUCUCGGCAUCGGUAUCAUCUAGCUCAUCGGCUAGCUCAUCAUCCUGCUCAUCAUCAUCGUCGUCCUCGUCGUCAUCAUCAUCAUCUUCGAGCAGCAGCAGUGCAUCGUCCAGUUCAUCAACUAGUGGUCUAAGUGGAUGCGGCAGCACCAGUAGCAGUGUGAUCAGUACCAAUGUGGUGGUGACCAAUGGACCCGGUGUGAUUGGCAGUAAUCUACAGAGUUCGAUCAAUGGCAGUAACACAUCGACCAAUUCCUCAGCCACAACCAUUAGCAGUUUGGUGGUGGGUGCUGGCAAAGGUAACAAUUCCUCGUCGUCGAACUCCUCGACAACAACGACAACAUUAUCAUCAUCAGCCCGUUGCACUGCCUGCAAGAGUAAAAGUAGUGAUGCGGUGGCCAAAUGUUACGAUUGCCAGAGUUAUCUCUGUGCCAAUUGUGUGACAGCUCAUGAAUUUAUGCAUUGCUUCAAUGGACAUAGUGUCUGUUUAAUCAAAGGUUUCGAAGCGACAAGCGGCAGCAGCAGUGGCGGAAGUUCCCUCUCAUCGAUGGGUUCACCGAGUAAUAAUCCAGCAUCGAAUGAUUUUAAAUAUGCUAGCUCAUUGACAAUGAUGUUGCAGCAGCAACAGCAAAUGGAAAAUCAACAACAACAACAGCAGCAGCAGCAACAACAACAACAGCAACAACAACUUGGCUUAAACUCGCAACCCAUGAGUCAGUUAUCAAAAAUUGUAUUAGCUGCAGCAGCAGCAGCCAACAAUCAAGAGCAACAGCAAUUGCAACAACAGCAACAGCACAACGAUAGUCUGUUGUAUGCACCACAACGUCAAAUAUUCUGUCCACGUCACAAACAUGAAUUAUUGAAAUUCAGUUGCCGUACUUGUUGCACUCUUGUCUGCAAAGAGUGCAUAGUUCUAGAACAUUCGACAGGACUGCACGAAUUGGAGAAUGUGCAGACUCCCGCACUGACCUCGACCAAUAGCAACAACAGCAAUGGCAAUGGCAAUGCCAACAACAGCAACGGCAACACAAAUGAGAUUGCUUUGCAAACCCUACUCGCCGAUAUGCGUGGUAAGAUUGGUGAAAUUGUGGCUAUUGCCGGCAAUUCAGAACAGAAUCAAACCAAGGUUAAGCUACAAUAUCAAAAGGCACACAAUGAACUAAACGAGACGCAUCAGUUUUUUGCCUCCAUGCUGGAUGAACGUAAAUCUGAAUUGCUCAAAGAACUCGAAUCGCUGUACACGGCCAAAGUGAAUUCGAAUAACAGUUGGCUACAACGUGCCAAAGAAUCCAUUGACAAGGGUUUGGCCACUUGUGAGGCUGUCGAACGUUGCCCACAACCGCAAUCGGCCCUGCUAACCGAAGCCCUGCUUCUACGCAAAUCCCUCGAACAGCAAUUGCAGACAGCCAUACAGGAUAUGCAAUUGCCAUUCGAAUUGGAAUUCAUGUCCAACUAUCAGUCCAUACAGGCUGGAGUACGCAAUACAUUUGGUUAUAUACGUGCCACCACCAGUGGCAGCGAGAAUGGUCUAACUGGAGGAGGAGUAGGAGUAGGAGGAAUAUUGGGCGGUCAGAAUGGCGGCGGUAGCAUUACAAUGGGUCACAGCAAACAGCCACCGAUAGCGAGGCCAACGCAAAGUGCCAGCAAUAGCAGUGCCAGCAGUGCGGGUAGCCAUCAUCAUCAUCAACAGCAUCAUCAUACAACGGGUGGUGGUCAGCAUCAGCAGCAUCUCCAUCAACAACAGCAGCAACAUCACCUCGGCCAGCAGCAACAUGGCCUGGGCUUGGGCUUGACAGCAGGUAGCCUGCUAGACAAUGGCGCCUAUAGCAAUGGCGGAACCGGUGGUUGUCUUCUAUUAAGCGGCAGAGAUCGCUCAUCUCUUACGGUUGCCGAACACUUUGGUGAACUUUUGCCCAAACGUGGUGGUGGCUAUAAUGGCUCCAAUUCGAAUGGCUCAUCCACACAAAUUAGCCACUACAAUCCAUAUGAGAAAUGGAGCAAUGGCGGCAGUGACAAUCUCUUUAACACAACCUCAUCAAAUGGCAACGCACAGACGGUUGGUUCAUCGGGCAUAGCCGAUGCCUUUGCCACCCAGUUGACUAGCCUGUCAUCGGCGGCCGCUGCUGCUGGUGGUGGUGGUGGCACCAGCUCUGAAUCUCUUCUGGAUUUGACCAAUAAGUUGCUAUCGGCCAGCAUUUAUCCACCAAAAUCACAAAUUAAACGUCAAAAGAUGAUCUAUCAUUGUAAAUUUGGUGAAUUUGGUGUGAUGGAAGGACAAUUCACUGAGCCCAGCGGUGUGGCAGUUAAUGCCCAAAAUGAUAUCAUUGUCGCCGAUACCAAUAAUCAUCGCAUUCAGAUAUUCGACAAGGAGGGACGCUUUAAAUUCCAGUUCGGUGAAUGCGGUAAACGUGAUUCCCAGCUACUCUAUCCUAAUCGUGUGGCUGUUGUACGUAAUUCUGGUGAUAUUAUUGUUACCGAACGCUCGCCGACACAUCAGAUACAGAUUUACAAUCAAUAUGGACAAUUUGUCAGGAAAUUCGGAGCAACCAUAUUGCAACAUCCACGUGGGGUUACGGUCGAUAAUAAGGGACGGAUUAUUGUCGUUGAAUGUAAAGUGAUGCGUGUGAUUAUAUUCGAUCAGAAUGGCAAUGUUUUGCAUAAAUUUGGCUGCUCCAAGCAUUUGGAAUUCCCCAAUGGUGUGGUGGUCAAUGAUAAGCAAGAGAUCUUCAUUAGCGACAAUCGUGCCCAUUGCGUUAAGGUCUUCAACUAUGAGGGUCAAUAUCUACGACAAAUUGGCGGCGAGGGUAUUACCAAUUAUCCGAUCGGUGUUGGCAUCAAUUCGAAUGGCGAAAUUUUAAUUGCGGACAAUCAUAAUAAUUUCAAUUUAACCAUAUUCACCCAGGAUGGUCAAUUGAUAUCGGCACUUGAAUCGAAGGUGAAGCAUGCCCAAUGCUUCGAUGUGGCUCUAAUGGACGAUGGCAGCGUUGUGUUGGCCAGUAAGGAUUAUCGUCUGUAUAUCUAUCGUUAUGUACAGUUGGCACCUGUAGGUAUGUGAAUCAAAAAAACAAAAACAAAUAAAACAACUCAACCCACACAUACAUAUAAACA